GUUCUUAACUGACUUGCCUAGUUAAAUAAAGGUAAAAUUAAUUUUAAAAUCAUGAACGAGACGAGCAGCAGGAAUUCUCUUACUCAGCAUUCGUUGAUUACCCUAAAUGUGAUGUGAGGUCAAACCGACCUAGGAAAGAAGUUACAUACAACCUUGAAAUAAAAAAUAUAUAAUAUGGCAGUUGGCAAGUGCACAAUUUGGGUUUCGGUCACACUUUAAACAAAGAGUAUAACCUUAAGCGUCAGUUAUUGACAGAUGUUAACAGCAAUCGGUGGCAUUUCACUGGCCAUAAUAUGAAUGUAGUUCACUAGGUGUUGCCACAGGUCUGAGUAAUGAGAAACAUUUUAAAUUAACUAGUAGACUAUGAAAAAGGGUCAGCCCCCUGUAUUGGUAAAUUGUUACAAACGUCCUUAGGGGGAAACAAUUAAAUGAUGGUAUACGGACAACUAGCAUUUUGGAUAUGUACAAUUAAGCAAACGAACCAUGGGUCUCAACUCUUCAGCUAGUGCAACAAUUAAACGAUUAAAAUUGGAAGAGAAGAGUUGUUGUUGAGUCCAAAAUAAAGUGAAUGUAACUGAGAACCAUCAGUGACCAACAACACCAAUUAAGGCCAACGUAAACCACAGUAGUAUAGAAUGUCCAUUAAAAAAAAAUCACAAAAAAAGGGUAUAUGUCAAGCAGACCCCCAGUGAAAUAUAUAUAUAUACAUACAUACAUACAUACAUACAUACAUACAAAUAUUGGUACAUACAAAUAUUGGUAACAUUAGUAUCCGAAAUGACCUAAAGGCUGCCAAACUGCAAUGUAGGCUAUAGAUUGCCAUAAGUGGAGCAGCAAGUUCAAGCCUUAGUAAAAAGAAAGAAAUCAAAAUGAUGCGCUUUUAACAGCGAUUGUCUUUGAUUUAAGAAACUAAACAAGAUCAAAUGAAAGUUUACAAAGAGCAGAGACAGCAUAGUAUGUCAUUGUCAACAACACAAACUAGUUAUGUGCUGCUUCAAACAUACCUGCUGCACCCAUCAAGCUUUAGCAUAGAAUUGUUUCACAAGAAAUGGAUCAAUAGAUGGCCAUAGAUGAAUGUAGCCUAGUGUCACUAGAACUAACGUUACUCACAUAAUACAGGCAGGUGAGAAAUCAUCCCAAUCCAGGCAUUCAAUGUAUGCACUGUCAGUAGAAGAACUCAGCUUCUUCAUGAGUUUCGGAAAAAAUUGACUUUGUCGUUAAAGGUGACACGCAGGAUAAGUCAGCCCAAAGCUGAUUCCUUUUUUGUACAGAGUGGACUUGGUAUCGUUGAAUGUGACCCGUUUCUUCGCCAGGCUAGAACUGAAAUCCUGGUAGAAUUUGAUCUUGUGGCCUUGGAAAGUGAUGUCGCCAUGUUCCCUUGCCCACUUAAGGACGAGGUCCUUUGUAUCGAUGGAUCCGCAACCUGACAUGCCCCCCUCAGGGAGAGAGACAGCUGCAUGUGAGCUUUCACAUUUUUCAACAUGUUUUUUACAAAAGGAUAGAUUUGGAGUUAGAUAAACUUUGAUUUUUUUCUGUGGGUACAUAUGCAGGAUGCUACCCUCCACAGCAUGGCCUUCGCUUCAGAUCAAAACCUACAACCUAAUUUUGACCAAAAUUAACUGGAGAGAUUACUGCUUUCAAGGUUUUCUUUUUCCAAGCUAUACUCUAGGGUACUCUAGCAAACAAACAGCAGAGAUCUGAGGACACCAUCCAACCUGGCACUGAGUGGGUAGUGUUUGGUCUGAUGCUAUUUUGAAAACCAAGAAGAAAAAUGUAAAAUAAAGUACAUUACAAUUAUAUAUUUUAUUUAUGGGGACUGAAGUUAAGGCUCCCAGGCUUGCAAGGACAGACCAGAUACAAAUUCAAUUAGCACUAAGGUGUGAGAUAAAAGGUGUUGAGGCCUUUGGGCCCAACAAGUGGCCGGAGUCUUUGAAGCAUCCUCUGAAGCCCGCUCCUGCUGUCCAAAGAGCAUUCACUGGCAUUUUCUACAAGAAAUCUGCCUCCAGAAAUAAAAGUUUUUCCCAAGUGGGUGUGACACCUACUACCGUUGCCUGCUGCUUGGAUUCCACCUGGCGAUCUGUUCACCGUCUGCCCUGGUCUGUCUCCCCCUGUCUGGUACAGAGGGAAGAAAGAUCUCAAAGACCAGACUACCUGCUGAACUUUGCCAACAAAACAAACACGUGGGACCAUGUUGACCAUCCUGGCUGCCGGGUCUGUCUUCUUCCCAGGCCUGUUCGUGCUCUCCAAGCAAUGCCUCAAGCACAUCCCUGCACUGAGGUGGAGCGAAGGGGAUGCGGUCAUAGUGUCAGCCAGGUUGGUGUCCUCUGUUCAGGCGAUCAUGGCCUCCUCUGCUGGUUACAUCAUUGCCUCCUCCUGUGAUGACAUCAUUGAGGAUCAGCAUUGGCUCACCAGCGCCUACAUCCUCUUUGCCGUGCCCUACUUUGUGUACGACAUCUACGCCAUGUUCAUGUGCUACUGGUACAAGCUGCGCAUCAAGGGUCAUGAAGGGGACAGCGGCGCCAAACCCCUGGGUGCGGCCCUGACCAGCUACCUGCGGCGCGAAUUCCUCAUGGUACUCCACCACAUCGUUAUGGUCACCGUGUGCUUCCCCGUCUCUGUGUUCUGGCGACAGGGCAAGGGGGAUUACUUCCAAGGCGUCAUGUUCUUGGCAGAAGUCAGCACUCCAUGGGUCUGUUUGGGAAAAAUCCUCAUCCAGUACAAACAGCAACACACUCUCCUGCACAAAGUGAAUGGGGCUACUAUGCUGGUCACUUUUUUCACCUGUCGAGUCCUCCUCUUCCCUUUUCUCUACUACGCGUAUGGCAGGUACGCAUCCAUUCCCCUCCACAUGGUUCCUUUCAACGUGCCCUGGCAAGUUAACCUGGGCGCAGCUAUGCUCAUGGCCCCCCAGGUCUACUGGUUCUCCCUCAUUUGCCGAGGGGCCCUGCGACUCUUCACUGGCUCUUCCCGCUCCCGGAGGUCCCCGGUCACUGCCAAGGAUGAUUUGGACGGACAGGCGCCGUCCCAGCCCGCCAAUGGGUACAGCACUCAUGCCACAGAACAAAAGUCAGACUCUCACUGAGAAGUGGGCGGGAGGGUGAGAGGUAAGGAAGGUGGGGAUAAUGUACCGAUGGGUGAAGUUGAAAGGGAAAGAAAGGUAGUGAGACUUUGAACAAGCAUGAGUUUUGCAAGAGUAAAAAAAUAAAUGCUUCAAAUGGUCUUUGUUGCCAGAAUCUAUACUCAAUACUGAUAUUCUACUUGUGCGAAUAAAGGAAUUGAAGGGAGUGUUUGCACAUUUGAACAGCACACAACAUAGGCAUCAGAAGCUAUUGUUCCCCCUGAUGCACGUUGAGAAUGGAGAGAGAUUAGCCUGAAAGAAGUAUAGCAAGUGAGAGGUGGAGAGCGUCCUCGUGUAGAUCAAAUGAAAUCCUGUCUGCCUAGGAGAUAAGUUAGCACAGGAGUUAGGAAUGUAUUAUACUGGUAUGUUUAGUACAUUGCUUUAGAUAGAAAGGCCUAAUUCGGCUUAGUAACAAGAAAUGACCUCGCCAAGCAGUAUUUUGACUUGUUAGUAUUUAUCUGUAUCCUUUGUACUCUAACAAAUGUGACCAGGGUGGAAGGGAGGUAACCUCAUAAGACUAUUAUGCUGCCUUAUCUCAAUUAUUUGUGUGUGUACUACAUUUUAUUUAUUUUAAUGUGGAAUAUUUAUUUUUUCCUUGGAUUGAAAAUGUGACAAGUGUUCUUACCUUCACGUUGAUUUGGAUUGUAGUUCUGUUUCUGAUCUCCCAUUCUGUGUUUUUAUUUUUUAUCCAUUUUGAUCUCCAGUAGUUCAGGUAGCAAAUGCAUGAAUCAUUUCGCCUGUUGGCAGUUAAACUCUGCCGCCUUGCAACAGUGUUAUUUUAAGGUACAAAAUAAAUGGCCAAUUUUGUGGGCCUUUGGGUUUC